AUAAGGAAAGAAUUGAAUAUUUAUUAGCAAAUUCUGUUGAAGAUGAAGAACAAGUGGAUCAAAGUCUUUAUCUAAUUGAAUUCUUAAAUAUAUUAAUACUAAGAUUGGUUAAUAGUACAAGAUUAAUAGUUAAGGAAUGUUACCAUUAUUUAAUUGAAGCUAAAAUAUUAACAGGAAUAAAUCAAGGAAGUAGAGUCUUUAUACCAAGAAUAAGAUUAUCUCCAAGUGAUACUGAUCUUCCAUUUCAAUUUGUAAGAAAACAAUUUCUAAUUAAAUUAUCUUUUGUAAUGCCUAUAAAUAAAGCUCAAG